AUGGCCUAUGACCGCUAUCUGGCCAUAUGCCACCCAUUGCGCUACAGUUCCCUCAUGAACAGCACCUUCUGUGCUCAGCUGGCCCUCCUCUCUUGGCUGUGUGGGUUCCUGGCUGUCUCUGUGCUGGCAGCUCUUAUAUCCAGGUUGUCUUUCUGUGGCCGUAAUGUCAUCAAUCAUUUUAUUUGUGACAUAGAUUCAUGGAUAGUGCUUUCCUGUGUUCACAAGCGCCUCAUUGAACUGGCAACUUUCAUCGACUCAUUCAUUGUUGUCAUGGUCUCAUGCACGAUAACCCUGGUCUCCUACAUUUUCAUUAUCUCCACCAUCUUGAGAAUCCCUUCAGUCCAAGGCCGGCAAAAGGCCUUUUCUACUUGCUCGACCCACCUCACUGUCAUGACUAUCUGGUACGGCUCUGGCAUUUUUCUGUAUGUCAAGCCUUCUGCACAGAACUCGUUGGAUUUGAAUAAAACUAUCAACAUCUUAACACUGUGGUAA